AUGCACAGCCGUGAACCCUCCGCGGUACGCGGACGACCUGCAGACCCGUCCACGUUAGCCCCGACCUUCCACGCUCGUCGCGGUCAUUCUGGUUCCAAAAGCCCCGAUGUUUCAACCGUCCAACCUGCGGCUUACGACGCGGGAUUGGAAAGGCGACCGUCCAACUCUUACGGCCACCACCGUCAGACCUCCAUUUUUCAUGGCAUGCACCAUUCGCGCAAUCCGAGCAUGGCAGGCUCGAGUGCUUCUGCUAGUCCGCUGAGCCCGGAAUUGAUCGCCUCCUUCGGCCGCGGCAGCUUCGAGGAAGGCACAUCGCCAGCAAAGGUUGAUCAUCUCGACCCCCCACCACCCUUUCCAACUCCCACGCCGACCGCGACGCACGGCAUCCCGAACUCGUUGGCCACCAUACAAGACAAUAAUGUCAGUGUCUCUGGCAGUGGAAGCCCCGUGGCCACAGGACAUACCCGAGGGAAUUCAAAAGGGAAAACGGGCAGGCGUGACCGAUCCCAAAGUCAGUCCCAUUCGAAGCAGCACUUAGAAUCCAAGACAGUGGGAGAGUAUGCGCUGCAUCAUUUAUUCAACUCGUUUGUCGGUAAAGCAGAGAGCAAAAUCAAUCAAGCUAUCAUGAAGCUGGGAGAAUCAGAGGCUCCCGUCGAGGAAGUCUGCGGGCCUGGCGCAGAUGCUAGCUUCGAUCAAUUGAUAUCUGCCCUCGGUCACAUCUCGAGGCAGAAGCCCAAACCUCUCAUUGAUACCAUCAUGCUCUGGCGGAAAGCCAAGGGCGACGCAGCUAUCACGGCGAGACAAAUGACAAAUGAUCUGCCAAAGCCCCCCGCACUGACUGAGAAUGGAGCAAUCGUACGCCGAAACACCGAACCCACGCAGGCGGCUAUCGAUCCUUCCGCCGUGGAUCGAACACAGUCAUCGACGGCUUUCCUCGGUCGACCAGACGACAUCGCGCUCAUAGAGCGCCGUGCCACGGUCUCUGUCUAUCUAGUUUGUCGAGUCCUAAUCGAGAUCUACAACCAAAGUAGUCUCGCCUCCAUCACUCACGACAUGGCAGGUCGACUGGAAGAUAUCGUUUUUGGUCAGGUCAGGGCAGUGGAUCCCGAUCAGACUGUGGCAUCCCCGCUGCGUAUGGCGAAUUGGAGAAUCUACGGCCAGCUACUCGGUAUUAUGAGUGAAUUGAAUUUUCCUAGUGUCGCCAACCGCUUCCUCACCGAGCUCGAUAAAUAUCAAAAAGAUGAACUGGCCCGAGGCUCGUCGCGCGACGGCGAGGCCAAAGUGGAAUUGCUCGUCCUUGGAAUGAGAAAUCUGCGUCUACCAACAUCGUCUGACGGUUGGGUCAAGUCUUGUGACUUCAUGCGCUCAGCAGCGCGUCUUUUCGUCAACGCCCAUGGUCAGAGAAUCAAGCAGGCUUAUUGCCAUACCAUUGAAAGACUGCUGCUGCCAAUUGCAGCCAAUCCCGUCGUUGACUUGUCCUUACCCCGCUGGAAGGAGUUUCUGGACAUCAUUCACCCACGGCUGACACAGCUGAUGGCAAAGCCUCGACAUUGGGCUGCCGCUUUCUCCUUGAACGCGCUGUUGCUGUGUAUCUCAAGUAAAGAUACCUUCUCAUCACAGUGGUUGCCAAUGAUCGCGAGCUUGCCGCCCCGCUUGAAGGACCGCCCUUCGCGUGCGCCGGCUUUGCACGCGAUCUGCCGUCUUGUUUGGACAUACUUCUUUCGAUAUUCGGACUCUACAACUACUACUCUUCGUAAGGUGGAAGAAGUUACAAAAGUUGCCCUCCCGUCAGGCAAACGGACAUACCUCAGCGCGGAGCCGGUCUUUGCGGAUCCUUUGAUUCAAUUGAUUCGCAUGAUUGGAUUCAAGUAUCCCGAUGUUUGCUUCAGAAAUAUUAUCUUCCCUCUAAUCAGCUCAGAUCUGUUCGUGUCAGGCCGUGAACUGCGAAUCGAACAGAUGGAGCCAGAGAAGGUGGUGAUUGGAAUUCGUUCAUUUCUAGCAACAAUGUCCGAUCUCGAGACUAGCGAUCAGCUUUGCCCACCAAUACCUACGGGUUCACUGCCAAACCCAUUCCUGGAUAGUUCCAUUCCCUCAUACUUCCAUCGCUCUCAACUUCUCGCUGAGCCCAAAGCCAGAGCAUCCGUUGACCGGGCCGACACCUCAUCUUCCCCCGUGAAUAUCUCCAGAUUGAGUGAUAAUGUCAAAGAGUAUUAUUUCCGUUUCUGUGAAGUCCUUGGCAAGAUCACGAUCCUGUGCGACAACACUUUCGGCGGGCAAGCUGUCCUAGACGAGAAAUUCGGGGGCACAACGCCGAAAACGCCACUGACCGAAGCUUUUGGAUUCGGUCGAAGAGAUGACCAUUUGAGUGCAGUGGAUCAGAAGCAAGGUUUUUACGACUUGCUCCACGUAGCUGUACAAGCCUUACCUCGGUGUCUUUCGGAUCACAUCCCUUUCAAUUCUUUGAUUAACCUGCUAUGCACUGGCACUGCCCACGUUCAGACUAAUAUCGCCAGAUCUUCGGCGGACUCUCUGAAGGCAAUUGCUAGGCAGUCCCAUGCCCAGCAAGUUACCAUUGGAUUCGCCCGGUUCAUCUUCAAUUUCGACGCGCGGUAUUCCACCAUGUCUGAUGAAGGAAUGCUCGGACCCGGUCACAUCGAGUCAACUCUGAAACUGUACGUUGAACUUCUCCUCAUAUGGAUAGACGAAAUCAAGCAGAAGACCAAGGAGGCGUCUUCCGAUCAGCUCGAAAAAUCCAUAACCGGGAGCCGAGCUCUACAUCUUGAUCUCUCAACUGUGCUUGCACAUGUCGAGGAGAUCGAAUCCCACGGCCUCUUCUUCCUCUGCUCGCAGUCUCGGCGCGUUCGCGCCUUUGCGAUCAACGUCCUUCGCCUCAUCACUGAGUUCGACAAGGCACUCGGCAAAGAAAAUGAACGCAUCAUUCGAAUUCUAGAGGCGGAUUCUCAGCAACUGCUGGACCUGAACGAUGAGCAAUUGACCGUUGCCGAGCGAAGCCGCAUUCAAAAGGGCAAAAGACGGAGUGCCACGAACAACACACUGAUAGAGCUUUGCAGCAGCGAGGUCUCCUAUGAUUCUACGCUGUGGUCCAAGGUCUUCCCGAACAUUAUUCGGGUGAGCUUCGAGACUUGCCCGUUCGCUGUUACACUAGGUCGCGAGAUAGUCUGUGCACGCCUGGUUCGCAUGCACAAAAUGAUUACAUCCUUGGCAGAGCGCACACGGCAUCCGCAGUACUCUCCAAUUGAGCCCUAUCCAAGCCGACCCAUGGCACGAAGCAACAUGACUGCCGAAAUAUUGGUCGAGCAGUGGAAGCUCUAUCUGGUCAUGGCUUGCACGACCGUCACCAGCGUCGGCGCGCAGUCCCAGAGCCAAUUGGCGAACGCCCAGCACGCGCGUAAAGCUUCCAAGGGCUCUCAGUUCUCUGACAAGAUCAGUUCCGCGCGCAGUCUGUUUGCAUCCGUCAUUCCCCUGCUUUCUGCUGAAAGGGACUCUAUCCGUAAUGCUAUUGUGGUUGCACUCGGCUCUAUACACAAAAAUCUGUACCGUACUUUGUUGGAGUCGUUGCAGUACGCAGUCACCACAUGUAACGAGGAAGCAAAGGUCCGGAUUGGAUCCCACCACCGGACACCCAGCAGUGCUCAUCGAAACCGGAACACCGACCGUCUUAGGACAGAGGUUACCCAUGUUUACAAGUUGACUUCCCGAUUCUUGCGCGAGCCCGAAGUCUACAACGAUGACUGGAUCGUCAACAACAUCAUCACCUACGCAAAAGACCUGCGCAUCUUCCUCAGCGAUGCUGAAAUCCAAAACGACUGGGAGUUCCAGCGCCUCCGAUUCCAUUACUGUGGCCUGAUGGAGGAGCUCUUCGAGGGCGUCAAUCGCACAAGGGACCCGUUCCGCUGGAUGCCUUUCGAAUCCAGAAAAUCCGCCUUUUCUCUCAUGGAGGACUGGUGCGGAUACUCCCCUAAUCAAGUUCAGAUCUCAGAAAGAGAAGAGCAGAUGCGCAAAUUCGCCGCGUCGCCGCAAUUCGAUGGCGGAGAGAUCAAAAAUGCAGCUGCCGCCACUGAGAUCGAAAAGAAGAAUCUCCGGGCGGCAGCUUUGAGCGCCAUGGCGUCUCUAUGUGCCGGCCCCAUCAGCAUCACGACCGACAGCGGAUCUGUGCUCCAAUUCGAUGUCGUGCGCAUGCUGUCAUGGCUUGACAUUAUUUUCAACACUGUCAGUGAUAAGUGGCACUCUAUUGGACGUCGGGCGUUGAACAACUUGAUAGUCCACAACAUGGAGCAUUCGUAUCUGAUGGAGCGAUCGAUUGAGAUGUGCUACGUGGCUGAACACCCGAAGGCUCUUGAGAGCUAUUUCGAAGUGUCAACCCAAGUUUUGAUCGAGUACCCUGAAUACAAAUUGCCUUUCUGGAGGAUUUUGGGCGCCGUUCUGGUCACUCUUGGAAGCCCCAAACGCGAGAUCCGAAUGAAAUCAGCCAAACUUCUUCGCCGACUGGAGGAACGGCAGCAGAAAAGCUCCCGUCUGCAAGACUUUGAUAUUAGCAUCUCAGACAAGACGACAGCAGUGUACCAGUUGGCUCAAUUUGAAACUUCCAAACGUCUCGCUAUUCUUCACGCAGAUCUGGCGUUUACACUGUUUUCCGAGUUCUCCCUGCAUUUCCGCGAUCUGCGACCCGACAGUCAGCGAAACAUGGUUGCUGCAAUUCUCCCCUGGGUUCAGGCGAUGGAGCUGCAAGUCGAUCCGAAUGGUGAGCCCACAGCUUCUUCAUAUAUGCUUCUCGCAAAUCUCUUUGAGAUAACUAUUCGCUGUAGUUCGGCGUUACCGAAUCAGGUACAAGCGAUGUGGCAGGCGUUGGCUACGGGUCCCCAUGGCGGCAAUGUCCAGGUUGUCCUCGAUUUCAUCAUCAAUCUGUGCUUGGAGAGAAAGGAGCAAAACUUUGUGGAAUAUGCGAAGCAGGUCGUGGUCUUCCUUGCGUCGACUCCGGCUGGUUCCAAGGUCAUUGAGUUCUUCCUGCUUUUGGUGGUCCCCCGAAACAUGGUACAGGAUCGCAAGGAAAUUACACCCCAGCCCGCGGAGACUCACAAUCUACCGUACGUGGCGGAUCUGAGCACCGUGCUUCCCAAGGGACACAAACAAGCUGGACUCUUUUUGGGUCAAGUCGCUCUCAUUUUUCUCGUCGAUCUCAUGGUAGCCCCAGUGACUCUGGCGAUGGAACACGUCAUUAAAUUGCUUCAUGUCGUUCUCAUUCUCUGGGAUCAUUACACGGUCACUGUUCAGGAACAGGCUCGUGAGAUGCUGGUCCACCUUAUCCAUGAGCUUGUCGCUGCCAAGUUGGCAGAUGACGCACCUGCGGAGAUGCGCCAGGCUGUUGAAGACUUUGUCGAAUUAAUCAGGCAAAAUGACAGUACCGUCGUUUGGGACUAUGCGGAUAAUCAAGUCAAUGACGAAGAAUCUGAUGGACGACGCGUGCUCACCGCCAUGGCGACUGUGACGCGUGAAGUGGUCAAGUUCUUCAGUUUUGAGAACAGCGGCGUUGAUAACCUGUGGGCGAAGGAGGCCCUCAUAUGGGCGACGUGUUGUCCAGUUCCCCACCUGGCUUGCCGUUCGUUUCAGGUGUUCCGCUGUAUUUCAACGUCACUGGACUCCGCCAUGUUAGCAGACAUGCUUGUUCGACUGUCAACCACAAUUGCUGAUGAGGGCAAACAUUACCAAUCAUUCUCGAUGGAGAUUUUGACCACGCUGAAAGGAACAAUUGGCUCGAUGACCGCAUCCGACCUUUUGCAGCAUCCGCAAUUGUUUUGGACCACGUGUGCUUGCUUGAACACGAUUCAUGAGAGCGAGUUCGUCGAGAGCCUGGGUAUGUUGGAGGAAAUUCUUGAAAAACUCGAUCUCGGCGACGCCGUGGUCAUAGCGCAGCUUUUGGAUGGGCAGCCUCCGAAAUGGGAGGGUGGGUUCGAAGGGAUUCAAGAUCUCGUAUUCAAGGGAAUCAAGUCUUCGGAGACAUUCGGUCGCGCACUGGAUAUCCUACACAGCCUAAGUGGCUUGCCUAACAACGAACUCAUCGGAGACGGAACUCGUCAACUGUUCAGCAUCCUGGCGAACCUUCCGUGCUUCCUUCGAUGCUUCGACCAGGAGUUCAAUGAACAGAAGCCUAUCAUGCACGCUAGCUUGCUUGCACGCGCUGCUGAAGACGAGCGGUGUCCCAGACUUGCUGCCUCGUUGUUUGGUUUCGCUAACCAGCAGUACAAAACGGAAGACGUCUUCUUGGAUCAUAUUGUGACGGAGAUCAAGUCUUAUUAUUUCCCGCAGCUUGACUUUCAAUGUUUGAUCUUCCUCAUGGGCCUUCUCACCAACACCACGGAUUGGUUCCGAAUCAAGACCAUGAAAAUUCUUUGUGUCUUGAUACCAGAGGUCGACAUGCGGCGAACUGAGGUGACAUGCCAUGGCCCCGAUCUGAUCUCCCCGUUGUUGCGGCUUCUCCAGACAGAACUGUGCCCGCAGGCUCUAGGUGUUCUUGAUCACAUCAUGACCGUUUCUGGUAAUCCGAUGGAGCGGCAUCACAUCCGCAUGAGCAUGGCCUCGGCCGUUUCCUCGCAGGCCAUUCGCAAGGAGUAUGAACGCAUACAGAGUCUAUAUGGGAUACCCGAAGAGACAGGCUGGUCCAUUCCCAUGCCUGCGACGCAGUCGAUGAUGACGCGCAACAACGUUCAUGCUGUUUUCUACACAUGCAAUGACGCUGGUGCAAUGGGGCCAGAGGAGAAGGUGGCGCCUGAUGUCGAAUUCCGGGCCGACGAUUUCAAAGAUUCAUUCUUCCCAAUGAGGGCUGACACCAUGAAGUCGAUCGAUACCCUGACAGAUGGGAAUAUGGGCGACAUUGUUCAAAAGCUCGAUAGUCUGGACGACUUCUUCGAGGAAACUGAGCCUGGUGUUUCCUCUCUCAAUUCGGUACCGCAGACGAUCCACCGCGGAUUUGCAGGAAGCUAUGUGGAUACGAAUGCCCAUCUUUACGAUCAACAGACAGCACCCAUUUUGCGUAAGUCCCUCGCACGUACAGGGUCCACAUCCUCUUUUCACAACGGUCUGGCGGAAUCCCGUCCGGUCAAUUCACGUUAUGAUGGGGCAACCAUGCGCUCUCCAGCCAAUCAACCGUCUCAAAAACUGCAAGUUUUGCGCCCACCGUCUCACACUCGCUCGGUCACAUCCCCUGCAAAUAAUCUCUAUUCCCACAAUCCGCAAGUAGGUCCGCAUGCACCGCCUCCCAUCGCCGUGCAUGAAUCAGCCUUCUUUUCGGAUGACGAGAUCGAGGACGCAUAUUCGGAUUUUGAAGAACGUCAAAAAGGUCUUCAGCCACCAGGGCCACAUAUGGUGCGUAGUGCCACUGACGGAUCGCAUUCGAUCGAGAGCAUGAUUCGCAGCGGUAUGCGUCGACUCACGGGUGGUGCAGGCAAUGGUAGAGAGAAAGAACGACAGCGUGAUCAUCUCCGUGCGCAACACCGCGCUAUGGCUCAAAUGGCGACUUCGCCCCGAGUCCCCAAGGUUCCAGAGGAGUACCUCACAGGACCAACUAGCCAUCCCACAUCCCCAAAGUCAUGA